AUGCCUACUCCAAAGUCCGACCAUGAUCCUUCUCAGGAAGUCCCCCCUCCCGAGUCAUUCGCUAUAGCCAGUUCCGCCGGAGUGGAGAAAAUGGAGAUCCUUCAGGAAGGCCUGUCUAGAGAUAUCCGUGCUUUGUUCUUCGUCGACCUCUUCCUCGUCGCAUACGUCUACGGCCUGGAUGGCCUCGUACGGAGCACAUACCAGCCGUACGCUACCGCUUCUUACCAGACCCACAGUCUCCUUGUGACCGUCGAUAUACUACGGGCUAUUGUUGCAGCAGCAAUUCAGCCCACCGCAGCCAAGAUCGCAGAUGUCAUUGGGAGACCCGAAUUGAUUGUUGUGUCAAUCUUCUUCUAUACCAUUGGCACUGUGGUCGAGGCUUGUUCCAAAACAGUAGAACAGUUUGCUGCAGGUGCGGUGCUGUAUCAGGUCGGCUUCACACUUAUCGUACUGCUUGUCGAAAUACUUGUGGCGGAUCUCUCAUCCCUGCGAAGCCGUUUGCUGUGCUCCUAUAUACCUGCGAUUCCUUUCAUUAUCAACACAUGGGUCGGUGGAGAUGUUGCUGCAGCUGCUCUGCGUGCGACAAGUUGGCGGUGGGGUGUUGGCAUGUUUGGAAUUUUCUACCCAGCCUGCAAUAUUCCCCUACUGUCUACGCUAUUCAUCUCUCACUACGUAAUGAAACGGAAUGGAGACUACAACGGGGCUCAGAGAAUCCAUGGCGCCUGGCGCGCGACAAAGGGAUUAUUCUGGUACAUGGAUGUGAUUAGUAUGAUACUGCUGAUUGCAUGUCUCUCCCUCAUAUCAGUUCCCUUCACCAUUGCAGACAGCUUCAGCGGGCGUUGGAAACAGGCCAAAAUGAUUACACCUCCAGUAUUUGGGAUACUAUGUCUACCAGUCUUCAUUUACUGGGAGCGAAGAUGCGCGCACCCCUUAGUGCCAUUCAAAUUACUAAGGGACCGAGCUGUCUGGGGAGCAUUGGGAAUUGCAGUGAUGCUUAAUACAGGUAUGGCAAGUUAUCUGUAUACUGUGCUUGUUGUUGGCUUCGGUGAGAGCAUCAGCAGUGCGACGAGGAUACACUCGCUCUACAGCUUUGCCUCUGUCAUCACUGGCUUCUUACUAGGCUUCGUUGUAUACCGAGUCCGACGCCUCAAGCCGUUCAUCGUUGCAGGUACCUUCUUGUUCAUGGUUUCAUUCGGCCUGUUGAUUCACUAUCGCGGGGGACAUGCUUCAUCAAGCCACUCGGGCAUCGUAGGGGGACAAGUGCUUCUAGGCAUAGACCUCGCGGUCGUGACCGCACUCUUCAUGACCUGCUACAACAUCGGCAGCGCCCUCGGUGGCACCAUCUCCGGGGCAAUCUGGACGCAAGUUCUACCCAAGCAGCUGGAAACCCGGUUGAGCAACGCCACCCUGGCAGCCGAGGUAUAUGCAGAUCCGUUCGCGCUCAGCCUGCAGCACCCCAUGGGAACACCCGCCCGGGAUGCAGUCGUCGAUGCCUACAGGGACGCGCAGAAGCUGCUGUGUAUCACCGGCAUAUGUCUCACCGUGCCGCUGAUCGCGUUCGCUCUCUGCACCCGGAACACGAGGCUCAUCAGGGAGCAGAGUCUGGUCAAUGCUGAGGAGGAUUUGGAGUAG